UGGGUGGCGUUGCCUCCCCCGAAGCUGCGAAUAGCAGGGAGGCUAGAGGGCACGCAAAAACGCUCGGAAGUUGAGAGUCGUCUCCCACUAUGGACACUCUGAAAACCGCGAUACGCGCUAUCACCGCGUCGGCGCAUAUAUAUAUAGAUAUCCGUUCAUGACGGAGGGUGAAGCGGUCGGCUCUCGGCGCGAAGAACAGAGUCCUCAUAUCGCUGCGACGAUGUUUUGGCGCGGAAUACUGCUCGCGUUAGCGACGAUCUCGUCUUCGGUAUCUGCAACAGACAGGCCUAUAAUCGGCAUCCUUGCGCAGCGAUAUUAUGGCCGCGGAAACUUCAGCCAGAACGCGACUUACAUCGCCGCCUCCUACGUCAAGUUUGUGGAACUGGCCGGGGCUAGAGCAGUGCCUGUCUUCAUCAAUGAACCUGAAGACUACUACGUCAAUCUCUUUAACGCCGUAAACGGGAUCUUGUUUCCUGGUGGCUCGGCUGAUUUAGUCAGCUCGGGCUACAGCAGAGCAGGAUCAAUUCUUUACAAGCUUGCACUCCAGGCGAAUCACAAUAAUACCCACUUCCCACUUUGGGGAACGUGUCUGGGAUUUGAGCUGCUCACCACAUUGACUGUUGGCACGAAAGUUCUACAGGCCUGUUCUUCGAACGACCAGGCGACGAGCCUCAACAUGACGGCAGAUUUCAGGAGAAGCCGGCUAUACGACAGCAUUCCGAGAACGCUGGAGAAAGCGCUGCGAACCACUCCCAUCACGUACAACGCUCAUAGCUGGUGCCUGACGCCCACGAAUUUUACCGCUUUUAGGUUAAACGGAUUCUAUAAGAUACUCUCGACAAGCGUCGAUAAGAACGGAACUACCUUCAUUUCGUCCAUGGAAGCUAUCUCGUAUCCGUUCUAUGCGGUCCAGUUCCACCCCGAAAAGAACAGCUUCGAAUGGAAACUGGACAAGCGUCAUCAGAACAUUCCCCACAGCGUGGAUGCGACGAGGCUCACUCAGUACAUGGCAAACUUCUUCGUCGGAGAAGCCCGGAAGAACGACCACAAGUUUUCAUCACCGGAGGACGAAUUCAAAGCCCUGAUCUACAACUACGACGUGAGCUACAGCCAGGGAUAUUCGGGGUUUACACAGAUUUACGUGUUUGAUAAGUAGUCUGCUGAUUUCCGAAAUAAGCAAAGUUCCUGAAGGCAAAUUGGCUUGGUAAUAGGGGUGAAUAAUAGAUUUAUGUUAAAUGGGUGUGUAUCUUCUGUGAUGCUGGUGUGACAACUCAGGCCUUGAAAUUUAAUUCCUGGCUUUCUUGAGAAACAUCCUGAAGUGUUUUAAGCUUCUGGAAACCUUUGAUUCAAAGCGAAUAAAUAAAUACUUGAAAUGUGUCAGUAAUUGGGUCA